AUGUUUGUUCCCUUGCCGGUGCCGUUCGUCUUUCAGAGAACUGCUUCCGACUUCAGCGCCUGGCGUCUCAAGUCCCCGCUGGCUCUACGCUCCAGCUCCGAUAUCAGGAUGUCAAAACUAGCAGAGGAUGAGAAGCCUGGGGCAGACUUUCCAGAGGAGAGCACAGACUCCGAGAGGAACAGUCCCGAUGCAAAUGAUCAGGUUCAGCCAAUGAAAACGAGUCCCUUCAGUCUUUCUCCUUCCUUGAGCAACACCAAGAGUAAAAGUGAGGCUGGCCCUGAGAUGACCUCCACCCAUGUGCCGCCUCCUUCCCAGCAGCAGACACCUCACCCUCACACACAACUCAUGUUGGCAGGGAGUCAGCUGGCAGGGGAUAUCCAGCAACUGUUGCAGCUGCAGCAGUUAGUCCUGAUGCCCGGCCAUCACCUGCAGUCUCCUCAGUUCCUCCUGCCUCAGGCCCAGGGACAACAGGGGCAGCAGGGUUUGCUCUCGACACCAAAUUUAAUUUCGCUACCUCAGCAUCAGCAAAGCCAGGGGAGUCUUCUAACUACUCCACCCAGGCUGGGACUGCCGGCCGCCCCCAUGACCUCGGUGACCUCUGGCCCGCACGGCGAGGAGCCAAGUGACCUGGAGGAGCUGGAGCAGUUCGCCCGCACCUUCAAACAGAGACGCAUCAAACUGGGCUUCACACAGGGUGACGUUGGCAUGGCAAUGGGGAAACUGUAUGGGAACGACUUCAGCCAGACCACCAUCUCUCGCUUCGAGGCCCUCAACCUGAGCUUCAAGAACAUGUGCAAGCUCAAGCCUCUGCUUGAGAAGUGGCUAAACGACGCAGAGACCAUGGCGAUAGACAACAUGCUUCCCAGCCCCAGCUCUCUCUCCUCCCCCAUGAUGGGGUUUGAGGGCAUGACGGGGCGCCGCAGGAAGAAACGCACCAGCAUUGAGACCAACGUCCGCGUGGCCUUAGAGCGCAACUUCAUCUCGAACCAGAAGCCUAACUCAGAGGAGAUCCUCCUGAUGGGAAAGCAGCUCAACAUGGAGAAGGAGGUGAUCCGGGUCUGGUUCUGCAACCGGCGCCAGAAAGAGAAACGCAUCAACCCCUGCAGUGCCACCCCUCCCCUGCCCAGCCAGUCCCCCCUUGUGACGCACAAACCCCCCUGCUACAGCCCACACAUGAUGUCUAGUCAGGGGCUGCACCAGGCUGCCACCAGCCUCAGCACAACAGUGACCAGUCCAUCGCCCUCGGCAACCUGCCCUCUGACCCCCAGUGGCUCUGCAACUAUGAGCUCCGCAACUGUGACUCCGCCUCAACACAGCACAGCCAGCAACGCCAGUGCCCACAGCCUGAACGCUGGGAACACAAUGAUGGGAGUAAGCACAGGGAUGAACCAGGCUCUCGUCAGCAGCAAUCCCCUGGCCACAAUGCAAGCUCUGGCUGCCAGUGGUGGGCAGCUGCCCAUUUCCAGUCUUGAGGCCGGAGGUCAGAUGAUCCUGGGCGGGGCUGGGGUUCGCCCCUCCCUAUUCCUCAACCGCCACACCCUCCUGCCUAUGGCGUCCCACCAAGCCUGCGUGGGAUUGGUCGGCGGUCCCAGGGGCGACUCUCCGCCCCCCCGCGCCAGCGGCAUGGACGUCGACUCCUGCUCCGCCUCUCCCUGCUCCAGCCCUGCCUCCUUCUGCUCGUUCAGCGAAGCCUCACCGCCGCCGCUUGGCGGGGCCAUGGCCGAGUGA